GUUAUGCACGGCAUAAUUAAAAACAAAGAACAAACUAUAAAUUAAACCGUUUAAAGAAAUCGAAAUCUGUUUUCAUAAACCUGCUCUAAACAAAAAAAUACCGUCGGUAAACAUUUGAUGGCUAUAAAUUUUAUAGCCCGAAAGGGAAAAUUGCAAAAUUACUUAGUGCUCAUUCAUAAUUUAUAAUCAAGAGGCACACAUACACACAUACAAAGUCCUGUGCACUAGGCCAUCAAAGUUGCUUUGACUUUCGAACUGGACUUCAAUUCGUUGUGGAUGGCUCCAAUGAUGGCUUCUAAUGCAUUUGUUGUUCUUGUUGCUGCUGUGAUUUUGAUUGGUGCCACUUACUGAGCUUGUUGUUACUAUUCUUGUUGUUGUUAUUGUUGUUCUUGUUGCACUGUUACCCAGAAGAAGUUCUUGUUGCAUAGUUAGCUUCAAGAUUGGAGGAGCAAGACGUUACACUUUGAAAAUCGGUCACUGGAAACGGGCUUGUAAGCAUCACUAGCAAUAAAUACAGCAACAACAAAAACAACACAGCAGAAACAGGUGCAAAACACUGGCCAAGUGAAGGUGGGAGAGGGAUAGCAGUUGAUGGUACAGGCUGUCCAACUAGGAGAGAAAACAUGUCACUAAAGAAGGAGACGCCCUCCGAUGUGCAGUUGCACAUGGCGGCCAUGCGGGGCGAUGAGUUGGCUAUGCUCAAAGUGCUAGACAGUGGCAAAGUUCAUGUGGAUUGCAAAGAUGAGGAUGGAACAACACCGCUUAUACUAGCCGCUGCCGGCGGCCAUACGCAUUGUGUAUUAGAAUUACUUGACCAGGGAGCUGAUCCAAAUUCACGACGCUUGACUGGUACCACACCGAUGUUUUUUGCCGCACAAGGUGGACACCUGGAGGUGGUUAGGAUUUUAAUAAAGGCUGGAGCAGGUGUGGAUACACCCUCUGUGGAUGGGGGAACACCGCUCUUUGUUGCGGCCCAGGGAGGCCAUGUGAAAAUUGUUAGAGAACUGUUGGAUUGUAGAACCGAUGUCAAUGCCCGUAUGAAGGAUCGUGCAACCCCUGUCUUUAUAGCCGCUCAAAAUGGACAUCGAACAGUGCUAUCAUUACUGAUACAGGCCGAGGCAGAAACCGAUAUCAAACGCAUUGAUGGUGCCACUCCCUUAUGGAUUGCUGCACAAAUGGGUCACGAUCAUAUCUGUAAAGUUUUACUUCAAAACGGAGCCAAUAUUGAUGCAGUGCGUUGUGAUGGAGCGACACCGCUAUUCAAAGCAGCCCACAAGGGACACGCGGCUGUGAUCACAGUAUUGCUGAAAUAUCGGCCAAAUUUAGGUGUAUUACCCAACGGAGAGACAGCGUUGCAUGCGGCUGCCAUGUUUGGACACUUGGCAGUGUGCAAACAGUUGGUGGCAGCUGGCAGUGAUGUUCUAGUAAAGAAUCAGGACGGUUUCACAGCAUUGCAGUUGGCCCACCAACAGAAAUUCACCUCCAUCUGUGAUUAUCUGCAGGACCGAAUACGUAAGCUGAUUGCAAGAAAUUCGAUGGCCGUGCCAUCGGCUCCAAAGACAUCCAACGACAAUGGCAACCCGGCAGCCACGGCAACGACAACAAUGUCGGCGUAAGGCAUAACCCCGACCAUUCAAAACUUACUAUAUAUAAACUAUAUAUAUACAUAUAUACAAUAUAUCGGAAAGUGCGAUCCAAAUGGUAAAAAGUUAGGCUAUCGAAUGUUUAAUUGAUAUUUAAUGAGUAAUUAGAUGUUCCUUUAUAAUAAUUAAAUAUCGAUAUCUAUCAGCGAGUUAAUAUAUAUUCCAAUGUUCAACUUUAGCAUAAAAUUGUAAAUUUCAACAUUAGCUUAGCCAGUUCAAUGGUUAUUUGUCGAAUAUCAGAAAUGAAAGCUAUAUUCGUUCAUGUUUGAAAUACUCCUAAACAUCUUUUAAACGGUUUCGUUAUGCCAUAUAUGAUCGCAGUAUCUGAUAUAUGUAUAUACAUAUAUAUAUAUAAUUUAUAAUUGACCAUGCCUCCAAAGUACCUUUAUGCACAAUACGUUGGCCUUUGUUGUUUAUGUUUAACCAAUAAGAUAUAGUGUUUAUAUUUGAACAAAUUUGACAUUAGUUCAUUCGAUUCAUUCACUAAAUAAAUAUUGUAGCAGAGCUCCCAAUCCAAAAGAUAAACCACUAAAUAGAGAGAGAGAAAAAAAAAAAAACAAAAAAACACGUCCAAGCUAAUCAAAAUGGCUAACCCUAAGAAUUCUACAUAGAGAAGAAACAAAAAAAUAUAAAUCUAUACAUACAUAUAAAAAACUCAAGAUAUAUAUUAGAUAUAACCGAUCACUUAUCUAUACGACGAAGGAAGAAACUUGGAGCUUGUAUUUGAAUUUAUUAUAAACAUAUUUAAUGUGAAACAAAACUGUUAACAUAUUAUAUGUAUUAGCCCCUACCUCCCCAUCCCCCAUGACCAUGUACAUAUAUAGACAUAUAAAUAAGAUCCCGCCCCCAAUACCUUGUUGAACCAUAAGCAAUUGUUAUCAAGUGCUUUAAGCUGUCUAACUUACAAUUAGUCUCUACUUUGUAUUCUAUGUUAAAUUUUCUUUAUUACCUAUUUCUGAUUUCAAAUU